AUGGAGCCUGCGAGUGAGGAGGCCACCCCGGCACCAGCACCGGCAUCGGCAAUCCUGCCACAGCCACAGUCGCAGUCGCAGCUCUCCUCCCCGCAAGACGAUAAAGCCACCGCAAAGGCUGAUACCCAGAACGUGUCGAGUAAUGGCAACGCUAGGGAACACAUCGAGAACGAUGAGACCAACCAUCCCGUCCCUGAUACUGGCAACCCCGAUGAGACAACACUCCCACACACAGACAGCGGGGCAUCAAGCUCCAAAUCACGCCCCGUUUCCAGCGUAAUCCCACCCUUCUGGCAACGUCACGAACGAUCCGUAUCUCGGGCCUCGCUGAGCUCGCUAGCGCAGAGCAGAAUUAUCCGGUUGGAGGAUCAUACGGCGGACCCGGACUCGGAGACUAGUCGGGGAUUAUGGGCGAGGAGUGUUGCGAUUGAUGAUCAUGUCGUUGUGCAAGGGAAGAGUGGGGUGGGAUCUUAUGUUGUGUGGAAUUGUACGAUUCAGACUCUCGAUGGAGGACCGAUCGUUGUUCGAAUAAGAUACUCCGAAUUCGACGAUUUACGCCAAAGACUGGAAUCCGCCUUCCCCCAUGCUAGAAACGCAUUACCCGCUCUUCCACCGAAGAGUGUACUAUUCAAAUUCCGUCCCAAAUUCCUCGAAUCUCGACGCGUUGGCUUGGAAUAUUUCCUCAAUUGUGUCCUCCUAAACCCCGAAUUCUCCAGUUCGCCUAUCGUCAAGGACUUUCUCUUUGGCCGUUUGUCGUGA